CAGUAAAAGCAUCUGGACUCCUCAGGAGGUAAGCUGGAUGCAGGGUAUUCUUAAGACUCUAGGAGACGUGUUAAUACUCUGACUUCUGUUUUAGCCGUAAUUAGGUUGUAUUAGAUCAUGGGGUUUCACAAACAGAGCAGUCAUGGGUUUAACUGGAGGUAUUACCCUUCAAGCGUGAGGGCAGCACUUUAUUCUGAUGCUUAGCUGUCCUCUGCUGGACAAAUGGAAAGGUCUUUCUUGAUCUGUGACUGAAACUGCACCUUUCCUCAUUAGAUGCCCUAAUCAUCUGUCUUACUGGAAUGCCCAGGCUCACUUCCAAGUUUCCACAAUAAGCCUAGCCUUUUGGAUAUCCUCUGAGUAGGGUGGGGUAGUCUCAAAAGAUAAGGCAACCUUGCUGAGAAUCAGUAGAAUUGGUUUCUGUGAGUGAAUUCUGUGGCCUUUGAUCUAUUACUUCUUUGUGUCUCAGUUUCUCUACUUGUAAACUGAAGAUAUUUACCCGCCUAUAUAAAACGCUUGGAGAUCUGUGGAUGAAUAAGACUGUAUUACAUGCAAGGAGUUUGUGCAGCCUGCGGCUGGUACGUGUGAUGUCAGUGUCAAGUGUGUUCCCUGCACAAACACCAUUUAAAAAACUCCAGUCCUCUUGAAGCCAAAGUCAUGGACCAGGACCCGUUGGCUAGGCACUGUACAAGCAAUUAUACAUAAGGAUAAAACUGAUUUGGUGUUUAUGGUAUAUGCCAGAUGAUUACUUAAAACUUCUGCAUAAAAAUCUCUUAUAAAGCAUUACUCAUUUCACGAAUUAAAAAAAAAAAGAAGCAAGUCAGAGAAAGUGACUGCCUGCAACUUCCAGUAAAUGAUGGACAUUUCAUCAUAUCAGGCAUUGGUUAAGUAAUUGAUCCUUGGAUCUACAGAGAGACAAUACAGACAUUGACCAGUUGAAAGCAGGAAGCCUCAAGAAGAAAUAACGGAAUUUACUGCAGUAAAUUCCCAACAGAAGCAAUGUUUGUUUGCAUUCAACAAGCAAAUGAUGGCUAAAUUCAAAUUGGGCAAUGUUUCUGUAAAUUAUUUCCUAUUUGCUCUUUGAGAUAAGGCUUCCUAUAAAUAAAGUACCAUUUUUCUUGAGAGAAUCCAUCGGAAAGAACUCAAUUUUUCAGGGGCUUUGCAAUAUAGCACCGCCUAAAUAAGUGAACUAUGAAGUUCUACAACUGCAUGUUGUUGUUGUCCCUGGUACUCUGUGUCAGUGCCCAGAAGUGGUUCACUGAUACUGGAACAUUCAUAAGGGAUGCUUAUCGAGGCGCUGAGGAUAUGUGGCGUGCAUACAGCGACAUGCGGGAAGCGAAUUAUAAAAAUGCAGAUAAAUAUUUCCAUGCUCGUGGGAAUUAUGAUGCUGCCCAAAGAGGGCCUGGCGGUAAAUGGGCAGCAGAAGUUAUUAGUGAUGCUAGGGAAGAUUGGCAGGGUGGCAUUAGUGGCAGAGGAGCAGAAGACACACGUCAAGACCAGGAGGCAAAUGCAUGGGGCCGAAGUGGAGGAGACCCAAACCGCUACAGACCAGAGGGCCUUCCCUCUAAAUACUAAUGCAGUCUGUAAUACUUUACAAUUGUUCAGUUUUUCUACCAGCUGUGCAAAACCACAAUAAAUACAAUCUUAAAUUUC